AUGGAGAAUGCGUUUGGUGCAAGGCGCAGCACCAGAGCUUUUAACCGUGCCAGUUUUCACGCGGACUCUGGGCCAAUUCAGUUCCUAAGCAAGGAUCCAUGGCUGACAGAUGUUUCGUCAAGCCUUGUACGCGAAGUCCAGAAGGCUAUGCCAAACCUUUUAUCAUUCUCCCCAAGCGUUGUUGACCAGUCGACUUGGGAGAGAUUGAGCGAUGUAUAUUACAAGCAGGAAGACGGCGGACCGGUUUGCGAAGUUGGCUUAUUCAGCCUGGUACGAAAUUUUGUUGGGAUGAUAUCCACCACAGUCAUCAUGGGCACAGCAUUCACAGAGACCUUUCCGUACGCUCUCAAUGAGCUGUGGGCUUUUGACAGUCGAUUUAACGCGGUAUUGUUAGGUAUCCCACGCUGGGUUCCUUUUCCGGGACUUGUGACGGCAUAUGCGGCUCGUCGCCGUUUAUUACUUGCCUUGAAAUCGUUUCACAAUGGGCUUGCGGCUUCAGAAACUGGUGUAGACGCUGGAUUUGACUGGCGGGACAUGGACGACGUGUCUGAAGUCAUAAAAGCUCGUUCACGGGCUCUAACCGACGCGGGCUAUACAGCGGAACAAGCCGCCUGCGAACACCUGGCUUUCUUCUGGGCCAUGAAUAUGACUACCAAUACUAUGAUUUUCUGGAAUCUGGUACACAUUCUCUUGGACAAGCAGUUAAAGCAAGAGAUAAUGGAGGAAAUAAAACCUCAUUCGAAAGUGACUCGCUCGGAUUGGGGUGAAUCCGGUUUCAGUAUACCGGAACCGCCUCGUCUGCACAUAGACGCUGCUGCCCUUGUUUCUGCUUGCCCAUUACUGAAAGCCACUUAUUAUGAAAGCAUUCGCGUCUAUGCCACACCGCUAAGCUAUCGACAGUUAAUAAACGAUAUCACCUUAUCGGAACCCACCGCAACCACUACAGUCGCCACAAGCCGCCCGAACACUUAUAAAUGCGACGCGGGUAGUUAUGUUGCCGUUCCACAUUUUAUGCAUAACAUGGACCCCAAAUCCUUCCCCGAUCCGGAAGAUUUCCGGCCAUGGAGAUUUUUACCUGAGAAGUCGGAAGAAACGUCGGAUGUGUCUGACGAAGAUCUAUCCCUUGAAGACGAGAAGCUCAUUGCGGAUGAUGAGUCGAUAUCUCAAAAGAUGCGUGAUGUUUGGCCGCGCGAGGGAAGCACAAUUCUUAGCUACAGCCCCGAGUUUGCGGAGCGACAAGCAUUGAUUUUUACUGCUGCCUUUCUCACAAUGUGGGACAUUGAGCAGGCCGAUGGUAAGGCAUGGAAAGUCCCGCGCCCAACGGAUGGGAGUGCGACCUGUGUACCUCGGAAAGAUAUUAAAGUGAGGAUGAAGCUGAGGGUGUAG